AUUCACAUUGGGCUUCUUAACUCUUUGCACAUGGAUAAUGUCAUCUGGCAGCUGGUCUGGGCCGGACCAGCCGACCGCAUUUCACCAGGAUGAACAUUACACAGAAAACGAGACUUUAAGCAAAUCAUGUAAAUGUUCUGUCAUCCACGCCAGUAACAAAACAAAACCAACUUUGGCUUUUAAGGGAUCUUCUGAAACGGUUGCGUCCUUGUUAUGCAUGCUCUAUGAUUCAUGGUUGUACCUGUUGCAACACGCUAAGAACAAUGUGAACGAUGCAGAGGAAAAGAGAGAAAUGGGUCAAUGUGAGGUUCUACAGUUUGAGGUGCAUUUUCUCUCUAAGACUGUCCGUCUUUUACAUACGACGGAGGUGAAAGCAGACUUUCAGUGUACCCGAACCACCAGCUUUGCCCAUCUGCAUUAUUGGAGAACUGUUUAUAGUUUUAGUAUUUUCAAGGAGUGUAAUCCCAAAAACAACAUUCUACAGGAUUCUGUGUGUACGGACUUUAAAACCGGAUCGCUGAAAUGCCAAAUCCUUAAAUUGUGCGGCGCGUCCUCUGAUGUGUCAGACAGAGUUUGCCACAGAGUCUGCAGUGGUAAGAUCUUUUCAAUGUUAUUUCAAACAUCCUGCUCAAAAGAGUCAUGCAUGCUUCAAGAAGAAAUGUUCAACUUUCACGUUUGCACAAAAAUAUGGAGAGUGCAUUCAGUCUGCAGCAGAUGCGUUGGAAGAUUUUUCCUGGCCACAGGCCUGUUGAUGCUAAUCUACACAAACAGACUUAAAACAAACUCGGCUGCAUCCGCUCCUAGCAGCAACACCGCGGUGGGGAUGCUGUUCACGACAGCGAUGCGUCAUUCCUCUGACUGGUCCUUGACGGCUUUUCACCUCGUCUGUGUUCUAGCAAAAACUAUUCAUGUUUUAAUUGUUUGCAAGGCUGCGCAUUUGGUCCUGAACAGAUUGUUAAAUUUACGCCUGAAGUCGAUGCCUGUGCCUGUCACUGUGUUGAUUUUUUUGAUGACUUUUAUUGUUACUUUGCUAAAUAAAAACUUGAUAUGCUGGUAUCCAGAUGUCGAUAUGGAGGGCAGAGUUGAAGCGACACUAAGACCAUGGGCUGGUUUAGCACAGUUUGAGUUUCUGGCUUGUUUGUAUUGUUUUUAUUCUCUGCUUCCCUUUUGUUUUCAGUUCAUCCUCACUAAGCUGAACUGUUCACACGUCCUUCUUCAUCUCCAGCUGGUUUCAUACCCACAACAUGUGAGAACACCAAGAAAGUUUGUGCUUUUUGUAAGAAUAUACAGGUUUAUUUAAUUCU